GAGGGCUGUCACUGUCGAGUCAGGCGUCAUCUCUCUUCACCCUCUCCCAGCAAAGUGGCAUUCAUCACUGGCUUCUUGCAGCUGAAGGAGAAAGGUUGGACUGGCCAGAGGUGGAAUGUUCUCCUACAGAGCCAUGUUGCUGUGGUCAGUAUGGAGUGCCAUGUUACUGCUGCCCACAGUGGAGGCUGUAGAGGAAGAGGAGGAUGUCAGAGCAGGCUGCAGUACAGCUGUAAAUGACCUGGUGUAUAUCACUGAUGGCUCAUGGAGUGUUGGUGUCUCGGACUUUGACACAGCCAAGCAGUGGCUUAUCAACAUCACCAGCCAGUUUGAUAUCAGUUCUCACUACACACAGGUGGCUGUGAUCCAAUACAGUGACACACCUCGGCUGGAGAUUCCUCUAGGGAAACAUCAGGGAGUAUCGGAGCUCAUCCAGGCCAUACGGAGCAUCACCUACCUGGGAGGAAACACACAGACUGGCAGGGCCAUCAAGUUUGCAGUGGACCAUGUGUUCUCCUCCUCCCAGCGGGGCAAUCUGGUCAAGAACCGCAUUGCUGUGGUGGUCACAGAUGGCAAAUCUCAGGAUGAUGUAGUUGAUGCCAGCAUGGAGGCUCGAGCACAGGGGAUUACUGUAUUCGCUGUGGGAGUCGGCAAUGAGAUCACCACUUCAGAGCUGAUAUCCAUUGCCAAUAAACCAUCAUCCACCUAUGUCCUGUAUGCUGAAGAUUACACCACCAUCGAUCAUAUCCGAGACUCCAUGGAGCAGAAGCUUUGCGAAGAGUCCGUUUGUCCCACACGAAUCCCGGUGGCAUCCCGUGAUGAGAAAGGUUUUGAGCUGAUGGUGGGCAUGAACAUUCAGACCAAGGCUAAGAAGAUCCCUGGCUCUCUAGUUUCUGAGACAGCCUAUGCCCUCACUGCUUCCACAGACAUCACAGAGAACACCAGGGAGAUUUUCCCAGAAGGCCUCCCUCCAUCGUAUGUAUUUGUAGCCACUCUACGCCUGACAGGGACUUCUAGCAAGCUGUCCUUUGACCUUUGGAGGGUGCUGUCAAAAGAUAAGCAGAUCCAGGCUGCAGUAACGCUGAGCGGAAAAGACAAAACUGUCACCUUCACCACGACCAGUACGACAGAAAAGGAGCAGAAAGUUGUUUUAAAAACAGGCUUUCAGGCUCUUUAUGAUGGAAAAUGGCAUCAGAUUAAAGUAUUAGUCAGGCCGCGCCAGGUCACCGGUUUCCUCGACGAUCAGCGGAUCCAGGAAGUCAUGCUGAAGCCAGUGGAGCCAAUUUACAUCAACGGGGAAACACAGGUGUCUAAGCGGCGAGGAUCAGACAUCACCGUACCUGUGGAGAUUCAGAAGCUGCGUCUGUACUGUGAUCCUCAUCAGAGCGAGAGAGAAACAGCUUGUGAAAUCUACUCUGUGGAUGAUGAAAGGUGUCCUCUGAAUCGAACCGCCACGGUGGAAGAAGAAGACUGUAAUUGUGUAGUCGGCCCACCUGGGCAGCAGGGCCCACCGGGACGCAUGGGUUUACAAGGUGAGAGAGGGACAGAAGGGCCACCAGGGCCUGAUGGUGAGCCUGGUAAAGAAGGAAAACCUGGUGAUCCUGGCCCCCAAGGAUUACCAGGAAUGAAGGGUGAAGCAGGUCCACCAGGACCAAGAGGAGCACCUGGUCUUAAAGGAACAAAGGGAGACAGAGGAGAACCAGGCUUAACAGGACAACCAGGUCCUCCAGGACCUGAGGGUGUUCCUGGUGAGAGAGGAGAGCCGGGACCUUCAGGAGAAGUUGGACCAAUGGGGGAGCCUGGACUUCCGGGCAGUGAUGGAUUGGUUGGGCCUGCAGGACCGCAGGGAAAGAAAGGUGAUACUGGGCCGACUGGUGCGGCUGGAGCUCAAGGUGCCCCGGGGGCCCGGGGACCUCCUGGUGAACCAGGCCUGCAGGGACCGCCGGGUGAAAAUGGGUUGCCUGGGCCACAAGGCCCGCCUGGAAUAAAGGGAACACUGGGAGCACAGGGGCCCCAGGGACCGCCUGGAGAGAUCGGCCGAGAUGGUCCCAAGGGAAACUGUGGAGAUCCUGGGGUGGCUGGUCCUGUUGGUCCACCAGGCCAGAAGGGCUCAACUGGGGAACCAGGUAUUCCAGGGCUGCCAAGUGCCAUGGGUCUGCCAGGGUUCAAAGGCCAUAAGGGAGACAGAGGAGAGGCUGGGUCUAAAGGAACACAGGGGGAGCGAGGCAGUGACGGAGCUCCUGGGAGUCCUGGUGUGCCUGGCGAAGUGGGACCCAGGGGAUGGAAAGGAGAGAAAGGAGUGACAGGUGAUAUGGGCUUCAGAGGGCCUGGUGGAAAGAAAGGUGACAUGGGCCACAUGGGUGUCACUGGUCCCAGGGGAUUUCCCGGCCAGGACGGAUUGCCAGGCCAACCAGGCCAACCGGGAUAUCCUGGGAAACCUGGCAAGCCUCCCUCAGAUGAACAUCUUUUAAAGCUCUGCACUGAUGUUCUGCGUAACCAGCUGCCAGCACUGCUCCAGACCCUGACUCCUCAGUCUAGGUGUGAACCCUGCCAGGGUGCGAGGGGUCCUCCAGGUGAGCCAGGAGCACCAGGACCCAAAGGCUCCAUGGGAACUCCGGGCUACCCUGGCAGAAAUGGUGCCCCCGGUUACCCAGGACCUCCUGGAAUGCAGGGCCCCGCAGGCCUCAAAGGUGACAUGGGAUCCAGAGGGUUCAAAGGCAGCAAAGGAGAGGGAUACUGGGGACCACCGGGACCACCUGGACAGCCAGGGAUUCAGGGUCCUCGUGGCUUUGAUGGAAUCGGCCAUCCGGGCAACCAGGGAAUACCAGGAAAACCGGGCCCACCGGGAGAUCCUGGUAAACGGGGUGGCCCAGGACUUCCAGGGGUUUGUGAUAUCUCUAUGUGCUAUCAGACCUACAAUCUCAGGGAACAUUACAGCAAAGGACCGAACAUCUGACGACACGGGAGAGGGAGAGAGGCUGCUUUUGACUUGACACACCCUGUAUCACUGCUGACUGCUUUAAGACAGAGAAGUCUGCUGCCAAGGCAGAUGCAACCUCAUUAGUUGAGAUAAACAGAAAUGGGCGGGGCAUUGAUU